AAAGACAUUCUUAAUUUGCUCAAACCCUUGGAAACUGAUCGAGCUCAGAGAUUGAAUGUAAUUGAUGAACUUUCAUCGAUUCUCAGAUCACAAAUAAGUUUGAAAGAUACACUUGUCAGGCCAUUUGGAUCAUUUGUCUCAAACCUCUACUCCAAAAUGGGUGACUUGGACAUUUCUGUUGAUUAUCCAAAUUCUGUUACUAGGCAACGCCAACAGGAUUUCCUAUGGGCGAUUAUGAGAGCAUUAAGAAGGGCUGGUUUUGCACACAACUGCAACGUUAUUGAAAACGCAAGAGUUCCAGUUCUUAAAUUUCAGAGCAAUUACCGGAAUAUCUCGUGUGACAUUUCAAUUAAUAAUCAUAUCGGCCAAAUCAAGUCCAAAAUGCUCCUUUGGAUCUCAGACAUAGAUGAACGCUUUCAUGACAUGGUUUUACUGGUCAAGGAAUGGGCCAAAGCACAAGACAUCAACAACCCAAAGGAAGGAACUUUGAAUUCAUACUCACUUUGUUUGAUGGUUAUUUACCAUUUUCAGACAUGUACCCCUCCGAUUUUACCACCUCUUAAGGAAAUCUAUGAAGGAAAUGUUGCUGAUGCUAUCACUGGAACAACAGCUUUUACUGAGCGCCGCAUACGAGAUGUAUGUUUAGCAAAUAUAGCUCGUUUCAAAUCUCAGGUUUACAGGCAGAAAAAUAAAAGCUCUUUGUCUCAGCUGCUCAUUGAAUUCUUUUCAAAAAGGUAA